UGUACGAAAAUUGUGUCUUUGCAUAUUCAUUUUAUGGCAUCUCUUGGCACAAAAGAGCAACUUGAUAUCUUCUGGGCUUAAAGUCUGGAACAUUUAGCAUCACAAUCCUCGAAAUCUCCAGUGGAGUUCCAGAGGUUAAAGCUACAGAGUCUCUGAUGCAGCACUGGGAGGUGAUGAUUUUGACCUUGUUUUAGUGAAGUACAUGGUUGAAGGAAUUAAAAUGACCCAUUCUGUUGAUAUUUCUGGUGACCGAAUGGCCAUGUGGAGGCUGAAGGACGCUGCAGAGAAGGCAAAAUUGGAACUCUUGUCCUCUAACCAGACUUCGAUAGAUAUCCCUUACCUCACAAUGGAUGGGGAUGGUGUUCUCGUAGAUGCAACGAGAGAGUUUCCACGCUCAGAAUUUGAGGAACUCACAAAGCCCCUGUUUGGGAGAAUCACGGAGCUAUGCUUGAAUUGUUUGGAUGCUGCAGAUGUAAGUGUUAAUGAAGUAAUAACAAAAGUUCCCCGGAUACAGAAGAUUGUUGAAGAGUUCCACUUUCCAAAAGCAACUGUGGCUAUAGGUGCCUUGUUGCAAUGUUAUCUUGUAGUUGAAGAUCAGUGGAGGAAAUCUGAUAAAUAUGUUCCACUUUCUCUAGGGAUUGAAUCUUUGGGGGAUCUAUUUACUAAGAUUGUUGACAGAGACAGUGAGAUCCCAGCCAUGGCAAGCCGAAAUAUCAUGACAUCAUGUGACUACGAUGAUGGUGUUUGCAUUCACGUUCUCCAAGAUAACUAGGUGAGUGAGCACAUUAAAGCUUCAGUGAAUAGGCAUUCCAUGUGUUCCAGGAGGUGCCAUAUGUAUUAACUUGGUCUUUCAUGUUCCUAGUAAUGAGGUUUUCACUGUCUUAGCCAAGAGCAAGGACGAUAAAGCACUGGAGUGGUCUAAAGAAUUUAAGGAUUUAGAUGAAAUCGGGGAGGAUGGUGUUAAGAUGAUGGCUGGUACGGGAAUACUCUUUCCGCGAAGGAAUCUGGAGGAGUCCCUGUCAAUGCAUAUUAGGAGCAGAGUCGAGUUUAGCAUUAGGCGUUUGACAAAAUGCUAUAAACCAGAAGAAAGGGAGUUCCCUCCUAAGCUUUUGGCUUAUUACGAGGGCAAGUUGGCUGACUUGAAAAACGAAAUGCACCUUGGUAAUCUGCUCUAAACCACUACUUGCUGAAGCUGCAGCACUCGAGGAUGAUUUAAUUAGAUUUUUUUUUUUUGGGUAAGUAAUUUAAUUAGAUAUUGCCCAAGAGAACUAGAGUGUACGGCCAGCAAUGAUGAACUAUAUGAUGAUCAACUUUCUGAAAGUGAUGAAUUUAGCAGGGGCAUGUGAGUAUUCACAGGAAAAAUGAGGGAGAGCGGUUUCGUUUUAUGGGGUAGUUUUAUUACAUGAUUUUGUGCAACCUAUUAGCAGGUCUUUCAGAGAACACUUGAUUAAAUGUGGCGUAUAUUCCUUCUAAUUUCUUAACAACAUGGAAUGCAGGGAGCAAUUCUAAAAUACCGGUUUUCUUGUUUUGGGGUAAUCUGAUUCUCUUGUUCAGUGAUCUAUUUUGGGCUCCAGAUGUUUCUAGUUUUUGUUUUUUUACUCUACCUAUCUGACUUUUCUAUAAGCUGUGCUUUGCUCCUGCUUACAUUCUUCGAACUUCCGUUCUGCAUCAAGAAUGGAGAAAAAGGAAAGAAAGAACAAAGUUCUU